AUGGACUCACUCGCCGAAGAGAUAGGGAAGCCGCCAUACUGGAUCACAGCCUUGACUAGUGUUCACCAACAUGGGCUUGAUCUUCUGCAGCAGAUUCAGUCCGGUGCCGCAGUUGACAUCCCCACGGCUACCCAAACAAUCGACAAGCUCGAGGCGUUGGCUUCCACGUGUUUCAACGCGUACGACAAUGAAUUCAUUCUCUUUGGAACCGGCUCAGACGCGAGUCUUGGUAGUCUUAUGACAACCAUUUGGGAGCUGAAGCGCGCCGUGUUUUCUCAGCGGACGACGCCUCUGUCAGAAGUUUCCAAUGUGUGUCCGUGUUGCGCUUGGGCUUUGAGGCGGGUUGGCAAUGGAAUUGUUGCGUCGGCUCGGGGGGGCUGUGAUUUGUGUCGGUAUCUGAAGGACGGGAUGGAGAAAAAGGGGGUGGAUUUGAAUCCACUUCGUCCUAGAUCGGAAAACACUAAAGUUGGGGUCUGGAUUGAGUUCCGUUAUGUGCCCCGAAAGGCAUCCGGGAACGACGUUCGACCAGUGCUGACACAUGCUCUCGAAUAUGGCUCGGUGUUUCUGUCAACUACCUCCCCAUGGUAUUCGACGCCUGUGUGGCAGUUUAUGGUUGAAUCUGGGAAUAAGCAAGUCGCAGACGAGUUACAAAUCUUCUCCCCACCACAGCAGGAGCCAUGGUCAGCCCCCAACAUCAGCUUCACCCAAUCCAUCCUCAACGCAGCACAACCAGCAACCACGAAAUUCAAACCAACCCGCCUCCUCUCCCUCCCCCCAUCCCCCAACUCGGCCAUCAAACUCACCACCACCACCCACCUCCCCCAUCCCGUUCAAUACGCAGCCCUAAGCUACUGUUGGGGCCCCCCUUCAGACGCGAUCCAGCAAACAACCCUCACAACCUCGUCCCUCCCCUCCCGUAUGACCAGCAUUCCCCUUUCCGAUCUCUCUCCUGUCAUGCUUGACGCAGUAAAGGUCUGCCGCUCCCUUGGCAUCCCUUACCUCUGGAUCGACGCUUUAUGUAUCAUCCAGGACAGUAAGACAGACUGGGAGUUUGAGUCACAACAAAUGGCGCGGAUCUAUGAACAUUCUUACCUUACCAUCUGUGCCGCGAGUUCGUCAUCCUGUCUGGAGGGGUUCCUGUCCAAGCGAGUUGUUUACCCUGAAUAUAGGUACACAUCCCCUGCCAAGGGCAUAGUUAACGGGGUGUUUACACUCCGAUCGGUGCCCAGCAACAGCGAUGAGACGCUGGCAGCAAAGGCAUCCUCCCCACCGCUAGAGCAGGAUCUAUCCGUCACGAGCUGGAGCGAAAGGGGGUGGGUAUUCCAGGAACGGGCCAUGUCCACCAGCAAAUUAUUCUUCGGCAAGUCGAUGCUCCACGUCCAAACCAACUCUCUUGUCCUCUCCGAAAACGGCCACCAGUCUGAAGUAAAAGCCAACAACAACCACGACGACGGCAACACAUCACCCAACACCACCCCCCUUUCCCUCCUCCCCCCUCUCCUCCUCCACGACGACAAGACCAACAACCCCUACGACCUCUGGCUAUCCGUCGUCUUGAAAUUCGUGCACUUGAAAUGGACAAUAGAAGAGGACCUCCUCCCCGGUUUGUCCGGUCCGGCCUCCAGAUUCAACGACAUCAUGCCCCCCAACGACGCCUAUCUCGCGGGACACUGGCGGUCCGACCUCCACGCCAGCCUCCUCUGGGUCGCCGGCCGCCGUGGUCACCACCCCCGUCCCAACACCCUCCCAUCGCUGCUGCAAUCCCUCCAAAAAGGCAACCCCCUCCACUGCCCCAGCUGGUCCUGGCCAGGCCGCAGGGACGACAUCUUCCGCUUCGUGCACAGCCUACCCGACGGGAGGAAAUGUCGUGUCCGAACCCACCUGCGGCCGGAGUUCAGCCUAGUCAAAUCAAACGUGCAAGCGGAGGGGGUGGUGAACCCCUUUGGGAGGCUGAGCCCGGAGGUCAACUCGCUCGUCGUUUCCGGGAAGGUCAUUCCCAUGUCAGACUUCCUCCCCCCUGACAAACCCAAAUGGGAGUUCACCACCGAGAGCGCGGAGUGGCGGUGCGCAAACGCCGAAAAGGGGUACCUCAUCAUGGUGUCGCAUGACUGGGAUGAUGAUGCUGCUGGUGGAUCUAACCCAGCGGUGACGACAGAGGAGGAAUUGUCAAAGAUCAAGCUGCUUCUGCUGUCGAGCUGCUGCUCGUUGUCCGAGUUGCCUGCUGGCAGCAUCAAACCAGGUGCAGAAGCAACGACCAAAAUUCUCUUCCCAACAGAACACAGCAGGACAUUUCUCGACGACCCGGACUUUCAGUCGGGAGGGGGGGCAGGGGCGACUUGCUCGUUUUGUCAGGACCAGAAACGCAAGAGAGAUGUCUGGGGUCUGUUGCUCUAUCCAGCUGACUCACAAGGGAGGCACUACAGGGUGGGCAUCUUUUACUCUCGUGCUCAGCACGGUGGCUCGGAAGUGUUCAACGAGGCACAAACGUGCGAGGUUGAACUCAUGUAG